AUGGCUUGGCGUUUCAAAGCGUCUAAAUACAAAAAUGCCGCGCCAAUUGUUCCCAAGCCAGAGGCCUGUAUUCGAGAUAUCUCUGUAGGAUCGUACCAGACCUAUGGGAAUAACAUUACAGCAUCUGCGGCGUUUAUGGCAUUCAAUGUCGAUCAUAAUGGAUCUAGUUUAGCAGUAUUGCCACUAGAGGAUUGUGGUAGAAAGAGCAAAACUAUGCCACUGUUGCAUGCACAUGCAGAUACUGUGACGGAUAUGGAAUUUUCUCCAUUUCAUGAUGGCUUGCUUGCAACUGGAUCUCAGGAUUGUCUCGUAAAGUUAUGGCAUAUCCCAGAAAGUGGCUUGGAAGAAUCCUUGUGCAAUCCGGAAUGUACAUUCUCGCAUCGUCAACGAAGAGUGGAAGCGGUAUGCUGGCAUCCUUCCGCUGAACAUCUUCUGACUACUGCAUCAUUCACCAAUCUGUCGCUCUGGGAUGUUUUAUCUCAACAGGAAUUAUUUUCUAAUAGCGACCACACCGAAGUAAUUCAGUCUGUAAGUUGGAAAGAGGAUGGUACUGUUUUAGCGACAUCCUGCAAGGACAAACAACUGAGGCUUAUAGAUCCGCGCGUAUCAACGUGUAUCGUUAAUUCAUGUUCGAGUCAUCAAAGUAUUAAAGAUUCCAGAACAGUGUGGUUAAACAACGAUAGAAUACUUACCACAGGAUUUGAUGCAGCAAGACUUCGUCAAGUUUAUAUUAGAGACUUGAGGCAUUUAAAUGAACCAAUGAAAACAUUGGAAUUAGAUUGUAGUACUGGUAUUUUGAUGCCGCUCUUUGAUUCCGACACAAAUAUGCUCUUCCUCGCUGGUAAAGGAGACACUACUAUCAUAUACAUGGAAGUCACAGAGAAAGAUCCUUAUCUAGUAGAAGGGAUCCGUCACAGUGGUGAGCAAACUAAGGGAGUAUGCCUAGUUCCUAAACGAGCAUUAAAUGUAAUGCAAGCUGAAGUUAACAGGUUGUUGCAGCUCACCUCCAAUAUGGUAAUUCCUAUCAUGUACCAGGUUCCACGAAAAACAUACAGAGACUUUCAUGCAGACAUUUAUCCGGACACAACUGGCCCCGUUGCUCAAAAUAAUGCAACAUCGUGGAUUAAGGGUCAUAAUGCACCUGUACCAAAGAUAUCGCUAGAUCCUGCUAAAAGAAACAAAGGCGAAGAACCGAUUACUGUACACAAAGGGAACUUAGCGGUACUCAAAGACAAUCAGCGCGAAAUUAAAGUAGAACAAACAAACCGACCACCGAAACCCUUGGUCAUUACCGCGCCAAAAGGAUUCUCAAAAGUGCAGAGCAACGUGACAACCAUGAAUGAGUUGCAUCGUGAAAAUGACAACAAUAUAGAGAAAAAUGACAACAGUAUACAUACCGAGAAGAUUGAAGAUUUGAAAAAGCCACUCGAAGCAGAAGAAGAAAAGAUCAAGAUACAAAAUGGAGGACAAACCAUUCCACCAAAGCCUUUACCAAGAGCCUCAAGAACCAACAGUAUCUCUGAGGAGGAACCAAAACCAGUAGCACGUCCUCGUACAUCGCCAAAUCCUGGAUCAGUUGUUACAUCAGUAAAUCCUAAUGCGAUUGGUGGAUAUAAGCCCCGACUUGGUCCUAAACCAUUCCAAGCAAAGUCGAGCAGCCAGGAAUUUUCAUUUGACAAGGUCUUCUCUGUACCAAUUGCACCGAAUAACGACAGCAACACCAAUGGUUAUCAGAAUGAAAUUAAUAAUACUGCGGAGCAUAAUGCAGAAGUAGAUAAGUCGCCAACUUUAACACCUAAUGAGCGUGCAAAGGAUACAGAAAAUGGCAAGAGUGACUCAAGUUCUAUCGAAGAAGAUGCUAAUUCGAGCGACUCUGGUUACAAACCAAAAACACCAAGCACUGCAGAAAGACGCAAAGUGUUUGAGACGAAAGUGAAGGACGAAUCACCCGAGAACGAGGACGUUGGGAAUUUUGAACGCGGGACGAAUAGGAACUCAAUCGCCGAAAGGCGACGCCUUUACGAAAGUCGAUCUGUAUCUGUCACCGAUGGGAAUUUGGCGGAAAAAGCUAUGGGUUCGCCAACCAUGCUGAGACGAAGAGAUUCUUUCAAGGGAAUCGCAAAGAGCGAGGUGAUCAAAGAAGAUGAAACGAAAAAGAGCAUUCCUAUGUUGCGACAGCAGAGCAUGGAUCCUAAAUUGGAAAAGGUGGAGCCUGUUGUAACACCAGUUUCAAAACGGACGUCAACAGUUUUUGGAAGAGUGUCCAAAUUUCGGCACUUGAAAGGUACUCCGGGACACAAAUCUACACACAUUGAAAAUAUACGCAAUAUCAGUCGCCAAAUAUCCGGCGAAUGUGAUGGCUUUCACGCUAAUCCUGAUCGAGUGGCUGUACCUUUGAGUGGUCCAGGUGGAAAGAUAGCAGUAUUGGAAUUGAAGAAAACUGGAAGACUACCUGACGGAGUUAUGCCAGCAUUAGUCCAUGGUGCGACUGUAAUGGACUUUCAGUGGGACCCGUUCGAUAAUCAGCGAUUAGCAGUUGCUUGUGAUGACGGAAUAAUUCGCUUGUGGGAAAUACCUGAAUCUGGUUUGGCGGAACCGACAAACGAACCGAAAUACAUCAUAGAAGCCCACACCGAUAAAAUUUAUCUAAUCAAAUUUCAUCCACUGGCAUCAAAUGUUCUUGCAUCCGCUUCGUACGAUAUGACCGUAAAAAUCUGGGAUUUGUCGCUGUUGUCAUCCACUGAGAUAAAUGCAAAAAUCACGUUGAUCGGUCAUACUGAUCAGAUAUUCAGCUUAGCGUGGUCACCGUGUGGCCAAUAUCUCGCCAGCACAUGCAAAGACGGUAAACUACGAAUCUAUAAACCCCGGUCGAGUGAUGUUCCUGUGAAAGAAGGAAAGGGUCCCGUCGGAACGAGGGGUGCAAGAGUUAUAUGGGCACUCGAAGGCAGAUAUCUCGUUGUAAUGGGCUUUGAUAAAGUUUCGGAAAGACAGAUUUACAUAUUUAAAGUGGACAAUUUGAAUACUCCCUUAAACACUGUUGGAUUGGAUGUUUCGCCUGCCAUUCUAAUGCCAUAUUACGACGAAGAUAGCUCCACUCUUUUCCUGACUGGACGUGGUGAUUCUACAAUAUAUGCAUUUGAAGUAACCGAGGAAGCUCCAUAUUGCUGUCCAUUGAGUCAUCAUAGAUGUAGUAGUUUGCACCAGGGUUUGUCAUUCCUUCCAAAAAAUAAAUGUGACGUGGCCAGCGUGGAGUUCGCCUCUGCCUUGAGGUUAACAAAUAACACAAUAGAACCUUUAAGCUUCACCGUGCCGCGUAUAAAGAGCGAAUUAUUCCAAGAUGAUCUUUUUCCUCCAACUAAAGUUAUCUGGAAACCAACUUUGCCCGCGUCAGAAUGGUUUAGCGGCGGCAAUAAACAACCAUCUAGAAUGUGUCUUAAGCCACCUGGCAUGGAUAAUUUAACUGAGAAUCAAUCUCAAAAUGCAAUUACGCCUCCCCAAAUUGCAACUAAACCAUCUUCAACCCCUUUUGGUAUCACUACACAACCUUACAAUAGAUUAGGAUGGAAUCCAGACAUUAAAGCAAAACAAGAAGAGAUCCAAAAAACUAUGAGCCAUUUUGUGGGAGACGUCAUCCAAUGUUCGUUAGAACAAGAUCAUAUGGAAGGUGUUGAGGAACAUGAAUGGGUAAGUAGGUGUUUCAUUUGCUGUAAAUAG